AGAGGCCCCUCACCCGUUCCCCCACCUUCCCUCCUACCCUCUUCCCUCCUCAUCCUUCUCUGCAGUAAGUGCUCCCCCUCACCUCUGCCAAGCUGUCGGACAUGUCAGGACCCGUGCCGAGUCGGGCCCGCGUGUACACCGAUGUCAAUACACAACGGCCCAGGGAGUACUGGGACUAUGAGUCCCAUGUGGUGGAAUGGGGGUAUGCAGCAGCGACACACACACACACUCCCAGUCUCUAAAUGAAGUCACAGAGAAUGUUGGUUGGUGCUUGCUAAACUAACUGAUGACUUUCUCUUCUUUGCACGUUAAAUCUCUGCAGUUUAAUUCCAAUUUCCUUGAAUGGUGUAAUUGACAAAAACAAUUCUGACCGCAGAAAUCAAGAUGACUUCCAGUUGGUGCGGAAGCUGGGACGCGGGAAGUACAGUGAAGUGUUCGAAGCGAUCAACAUCACCAACAACGAGAAGGUUGUGGUGAAAAUACUCAAGGUAAGGCCACGAUGAGAAAUCAGUAUCAUUCAGAUUGCCAUUCGAUACAGACUCACAUUGGCUUGUUGGAUUCAUAUUGAAGUAAAACCACCCUGACAAUCAAUACAAUUGGUCUUUAAUUGUGUCCAUAGCCCGUCAAGAAGAAGAAAAUCAAGCGUGAAAUUAAGAUCCUGGAGAACCUCCGCGGAGGCCCCAACGUCAUCUCCCUUGUAGACAUCGUCAAAGACCCAGUGGUGAGUAGGAAUGGGGGGGCGGAGAAAGAGAUGUGAAAACUGUAUUACGCUUUUAGAGGUGCUCCAUGACUUUGAUGCAACAACCCCUUCUUUUCUUUCAGUCUCGGACACCUGCCUUGGUCUUUGAACAUGUCAACAACACAGACUUCAAGGUAAGAUGGAGCAUCAGAUUUAACCCCUGGGUCGUAUUCUUUAGAGCACACUGCAUCAAAACGUUUGCCAUUUCUUAUUGGGCACGUUCAGGUAGUCCGUCCUCGCUGCAGUCUUUCUUCCGUUUGGUGCCUAAUGAAUAUGACCCUGUUUCUUGACUGUAUAACAUCUCUAUUUAGAAACAAAGCCCUAUGAAACCUCCUUUUUUGGCAUGCAUGUUGUUUCCCCGUACUCCAGUGUGUAUGUGUGGAGGGACACAGGUGCAGUGCUAUGUCUUCGGUGCCAGGAUGUUUCUUGUCUUGUGGUUCUAUCCUCAAUCACUGGUACGCAAUGAUCAAUUGGAAUGGUUGCGUCAAGUUUAGUGUUGCUUAAAAGGCCUAAGUGUUACCAGUCAGAUGCCCAAGUUGAUAGCUUGUGAUUUUAAUAAUAUGUGAACUCUUUGUAUUGGAUGGGUUCAGGUUGCUUAGACAGAUAUAUGCAUGUACUCUUCAGGGUUUGGUUGAAUCACUGUAUUGAUUCAUCUGUUUUUACUUGCAGCAAUUGUACCAGACCCUAACGGACUAUGACAUCCGGUUCUACAUGUUCGAGAUCCUCAAGGUGGGUCUCGUAAUGUUGUAAUUUGGGUGUACUACCCCAUUUCAUGUGUUCUCUUAAAAUGUAUUGGAAGUCCCAGAGACUGCUAGACAUGAGUCAUCAUUUCCUCUCCCAAAACAAGAACAUUCAGGUGCUUAAGAGUAUAAGCCCCUUGUUUGUCCGACGGUUACAGUGGCUUGCGAAAGUAUUCACCCCCUUCUUGGCAUUUUUCCUAUUUUGUGGCCUUACAACCUGGAAUUAAAAUUGAUUUUUUGGGGGUUUGUAUCUUUUUAUUUACACAACAUGCCUAUCACUUUGAAGAUGCAAAAUAUUUUUUAUUGUGAAACAAACAAGAAAUAAGACAGAAACAGAACUUGAGUGUGCAUAACUAUUCACCCCCCCAAAGUCGAUACUUUGUAGAGCCACCUUGAGCAGCAAUUACAGCUGUAAGUCUCUUGGGGUAUGUCUCUAUAAAAUGUUUCCCCUUAAACCACUCAAGUGUUGCUUUAGCAGUAUGCUUAAGGUCAUUGUCCUGCUGGAAGGUGAACCUCCGUCCCAGUCUCAAAUCUCUGGAAGACUGAAACAGGUUUCCCUCAAGAAUGUCCCUGUAUUUUGCGCCAUCCAUCAUUCCUUCAAUUUUAACCAGUUUCCCAGUCCCUGCCGAUGGAAAAACAUCCCCACAGGUGGUGUUCUCGGGGUGGUGUUCUCGGGGUGAUGAGGUGUUGGGUUUGCGCCAGACAUAGCGUUUUCCUUGAUGGCCAAAAAGCUCAAUUUUAGUCUCUGAACAGAGUACCUUCUUCCAUAUGUUUGGGGAGUCUCCCACAUGCCUUUUGGCGAACACCAAACGUGUUUGCUUAUUUUUUUCUUUAAGCAAUGGCUUUUUUCUGGCCACUCUUCCGUAAAGCCCAGCUCUGUGGAGUGUACAGCUUAAAGUGGUCCUAUGGACAGAUACUCCAAUCUCUUGCUGUGGAGCUUUGCAUCUCCUUCAGGGUUAUGUUUAGUCUCUUUGUUGCCUCUCAGAUUAAUGCCCUCCUUGCCUGGUCUGUGAGUUUUGGUGUGCGGCCCUCUCUUGGCAGGUUUGUUGUGGUGCCAUAUUCUUUCCAUUUUUUAAUAAUGGAUUUAAUGGUGCUCCGUGGGAUGUUCAAAGUUGCGGGUAUUUUUUUAUAACCCUGAACUGUACUUCUCCACAACUUUGUCCCUGACCUGUUUGGAGAGCUCCUUGGUCUUCAUGGUGCCGCUUGCUUGGUGGUGCCCUUGCUUAGUGGUGUUGCAGACUCUGGGGCCUUUCAGAACAGGUGUGUAUAUAUACUGAGAUCAUGUGGCACUUAGAAUGCACACAGGUGGACUUUAUUUUACUAAUUACCGUAUUUUCCGCACUAUAAGGCGCACUUAAAAGCCUUUAAUUUUCUCAAAAAACGACAGUGCGCCUUAUAAUCCGGAGCACCUUAUAUAUGGAUCAAUUGGUUAAUUGUCAAUUGGUUAAUUGUUUAUUUUUGUUUGGUGCCCUAAUGAACAGAACCAUUAAUUGUAUAUAUGGAACAAUGUUGAGUUAUGCACUAACGUUUGAUUUAGUGGUAUCAGACUGUUUCUUUUACUACGUGUUUACUGAAUCAGGGAAAAGUUCCCCUCCACGUUUGGGAGAAGAGUGAGCAAGGCUGGGAGAUAUUGUUAAUAUGCACAUUAACGUUUGAACAACGUUACCAUGGGAGUGAACGGAGUUGUCAGAACGCUUAAUAAAGUUUGACUUUAUCUGACUGUUUUGUUGACAUUCCCUUUAGCACAGCUCCAUCUAGUGGAUGCAUAAUGCAACCCCAGUCAAACGUUUGACUGCAGUAUCUUCUAUUCUAUGCGCCUUACAAUCCGGUGCGCCCUAUAUAUGAAAACAGUUCUAAAAUAGGCCAUUCAUUGAAGGUGCGCCUUAUAAUCCGGUGCGCCUUAUAGUGCGGAAAAAACGGUAUGUGACUUCUGAAGGUAAUUGGUUGCACCAGAUCUUAUUUAGGGGCUUCAUAGCAAAGGGGGUGAAUACAUAUGCACGCAGCACUUUUCCGUUAUUUUUUUCAUUUCACUUCACCAAUUUGGACUAUUUUGUGUAUGUCCAUUACAUGAAAUCCAAAUAAAAAUCCAUUUAAAUUACAGGUUGUAAUGCACCAAAAUAGGAAAAACACCAAGGGGGAUGAAUACUUUUGCCCAUCAACAUGUUUGUGCGCCAAGAUGGGUAGACGUCUCUUUUGUCAUCUCUGCUUUGCAUUACUUUGUUGAGUAAAUCUCCAGCCACCUUGUUGCUAACUGGCGGCCAUUUUGGCUCUGUCCGCAGGCCCUGGACUACUGCCACAGCAUGGGAAUCAUGCACAGGGACGUGAAACCCCACAAUGUGAUGAUAGAUCACGAACACCGCAAGGUGAGUGUUUAUGACCAAUGCGGCGGCGGCACAGUUAUUUCCCUCCAUCCGAUUCGCCCAUAGACAAGACCUUUGUCAUCAGUGUAUUUUAAUGUGACAAAAAAUGUAUGCUAGUUUAAAUGGACAUAUUUUAACUCUUGAUGAAUUAUGUUAUGAUGCAUGUAUUAUUGGAGCUGUUUUACAAGCAGAUAUUGCACAAUGACAAACGUCAUUACAAUACCCCAAAGUCUAAGUAGUCCCUCCCUGUUUGUCUGUUUAUUUUUGUUUGGUGCCCUAAUGAACAGAACCAUGUUAUGCUCCUUUCAAUAUCGACUGUUUGUGUUCUUCCAGCUGCGCCUUAUUGACUGGGGUCUGGCUGAGUUCUACCACCCGGGACAGGAGUACAAUGUCCGAGUGGCUUCUCGCUACUUCAAAGGACCCGAGCUUCUGGUCGACUAUCAGGUAUGUUGUCCGGCUACUGGUCCUAAUUUUGUCGAGCUCAGUCUAUAUUCUUUGCUGUUGUGUAGAUCACCGCUACAUUUACGCCACUGAACCAAACUGUGCUGAGCUGGUUAAGCAUCCACCGUAGUUACUGGAACCAUGCUGAACACGGCAAUGUGAAAACCAAACAACAGUCAAGAGAUCUCCCAUUGGCCAUUCAAAUCCAUUUUAUUAGAUGGUGCCAAUAUUUCCCCAAGGGGCUAUUGCAGGCUCCUCUUCCAUUCCGCCAUCUUGGCUUUUCUCUAACUCACUGAUUUGACUGUCUUCUUCUUCCAGAUGUAUGACUACAGUCUGGACAUGUGGAGUUUGGGCUGCAUGCUGGCCAGCAUGGUCUUCAGGAAGGAGCCUUUCUUCCACGGCCACGACAACUACGACCAGGUAAACACACUCUCUCCAAUAUGUUGUCCACCAUGUCUCAAGGGCUCCAUUCAUUACCAGUGAAGAGAAUAACCUUGGACCUGUUCAGGAGGGUGAAAGGUUACAGAACAUUCAAAUGGAAAUAGAUUGUAUAGAGCAGAUUUGAUUCUGUCAGGUACAAUAGGGAAUCCUGUCAGUUCUAUUCAUUCCAUUUCUAUCUGCAACGUACAGCACGUUUCACGUCACUGAAUACACCCAGGUGAGCUGAAUGACUAGAUGUUUCCCCAGUUUUUUUUUUCUCUCCUCGUAGUUGGUGAGAAUAGCCAAGGUGUUGGGAACGGAAGACCUGUACGACUACAUUGACAAGUACAACAUAGAGCUGGAGCCUCGGUUCAACGACAUUCUGGGAAGGUAUGUGGUCGUCUGUCUUUACUAAUGUGUGGUUUUCUACACUUGUUUUGGACACUUAGUAAAACCAACUCCUGAAUCUAAACACACACAGCUGCUGCUAACCAGCUCUCCCCAUCCAGACACUCUCGUAAGCGGUGGGAACGCUUCGUCCACAGUGAGAACCAGCACCUGAUCAGCCCUGAGGGUCUGGACUUCCUGGACAAGCUGCUGCGCUAUGACCAUCAGGCCCGGCUGACUGCCCGCGAGGCCAUGGAUCACCCCUACUUCUGUGAGUGUGGAUGUUGAAGACUCAGCGAUGCAUGAAGUAAACAGCAAUAUUGGGUCGAUUUCCGCAACUACUAAGAGUGUUGAAGUGUGAGGCUAAACUUAUCCGCUGUUCUGGUCCCGUAGAUACCACGUUGUAAAGACGUGAAGCGUACAUGGCCAGAUACUAUGUGUGGCUGUAUAAGAGAACAGUUUUGCAUCACGCUCAUUUGAAUAUCUGCGGUGCUGAUCAUGACAAUGUCAUAACCCUGAGUCUACCUUAAUAACUCUGAAAGUUGAGACUAGUUUUUUUAUUGAAUGUUUCCUUAACAUUCUGAGAAAGGAAUUUAUAGGUUGUUGACGUUCUUAGAAUGUUCUCUGAAAGUUGCCCACAUGAUGAUGAUUAUUGGAAUGGUUUAUUGAUUAGAUCAUCCAAUGAAGUAGUUGUGGCUGCUGCUGGCAGGAAAGAUGGUCCCAGCUGUAACCCUGUGCUUUGUUCUGUGGUGUUUUUAUGUCUUUGAACCUGUGUGAUCCUCUAUAUGACUCUAUAGGCCAAGCUACAGUUGCAAAAAAAGGCUUGUUAUAACUGGGGUUACUUGGCAUUGCAACAAGGUUUGUCUUUAAAAGCAACUCAUGGCUUCAAAAAAACCCAGUGGUGUUUUCCUUUCGAUGUAACAAGGGAGCCGGAUGUUCUGGUACUUCACAUUUGGAAGGCUUUGAUAUCGUGCUAUACAAUUCGUUUUGUUUGCGCUAAUGCGGGUCGUGUUCAUUAGGGCACACUAGCAAAACGUUUUGCAGUGGCAAACAAAAACCAAAUGUUUCUUUUGGUAGCUCUACCUCGUUUUACUCAGUUUUCAUCCAGUUUGUCUAAUGAACACGGCCCAGUUCAGUGUGGUCAUCAGUAGUUGCUUAUGACUAUAUACUUGCAGUAGCUGGAGACUAGGGACUCAAGACUGUAGAGGUUUGUUCAAUGUGUUUUCUUGUCCACACAGAUCCCAUUGUGAAAGAGCAGGGUCGCAUGCCGGGGUCGGCUAACCUACCCAGCGGAAAUACAGCCAUGAGCACAGCCAACAUGAUAACUGGUGAGCGCGCACACACACCAAUCAUCCUGAAUGCCCACCUGUCUCCCCGUCUGAACUCCCAUUACUCAGUGUUGAGGAUGUUUUGUCAGUGGCAGGCCAAGCUCGGAAAUUACGUAGACCCAAGCAGCCGACUUGGUCUGUGUAAAGAUUCAAUGACGCGUGGUAACCUGCUAUAUUUGUCCAGGCAAAUGUCCUCAGUAUUACAAACAUGUCUGGGAUGCCGACACUGAUGUGAGUUAGUUAGUCGUUCCUCUCUAAAGGCCUUUGCAGACUGUACGUCGGAUUCAAUCUUUUAUGAUUAUAACAUCACACUGUGCGAAUUAAAAUUAAAAUCUUGAUAUCAACCUGGCCAGAUUGUACGAUUUGCUGCAGUUCUGUCGUCACAUUAUGUGAUCUGUGCAUGUGCCAGCAGCGCAAGCAACUCUUUGCUUAUGCGCGAGUCAAGUGAGUUUGGGAAAAACUGAAAGUAUGCAUCUUAGAAAUAGUUUUCACAUACAAACUUUAUACACUGCUCAAAAAAAUAAAGGGAACACUUAAACAACACAUCCUAGAUCUGAAUGAAUGAAAUCAUCUUAUUAAAUAAUUUUUUCUUUAAAUACAUAGUUGAAUGUGCUGACAACAAAAUCACACAAAUUAUCAAUGGAAAUCAAAUGUAUCAACCCAUGGAGGUCUGGAUUUGGAGUCACCCUCAAAAUUAAAGUGGAAAACCACACUACAGGCUGAUCCAACUUUGAUGUAAUGUCCUUAAAAGAAGUCAAAAUGAGGCUCAGUAGUGUGUGUGGCCUCCACGUGCCUAUAUGACCUCCCUACAACGCCUGGGCAUGCUCCUGAUGAGGUGGCGGAUGGUCUCCUGAGGGAUCUCCUCCCAGACCUGGACUAAAGCAUCCGGCAACUCCUGGACAGUCUGUGGUGCAACGUGGCGUUGGUGGAUGGAGCGAGACAUGAUGUCCCAGAUGUGCUCAAUUGGAUUCAGGUCUGGGGAACGGGCGGGCCAGUCCAUAGCAUCAAUGCCUUCCUCUUGCAGGAACUGCUGACACACUCCAGCCACAUGAGGUCUAGCAUUGUCUUGCAUUAGGAGGAACCCAGGGCCAACCGCACCAGCAUAUGGUCUCACAAGGGGUCUGAGGAUCUCAUCUCGGUACCUAAUGGCAGUCAGGCUACUUCUGGCGAGCACAUGGAGGGCUGUGCGGCCCCCCAAAGAAAUGCCACCCCACACCAUGACUGACCCACCGCCAAACCGGUCAUGCUGGAGGAUGUUGCAGGCAGCAGAACGUUCUCCACGGCGUCUCCAGACUGUCACGUGCUCAGUGUGAACCUGCUUUUAUCUGUGAAGAGCACAGGGCGCCAAUGGCGAAUUUGCCAAUCUUGGUGUUCUCUGGCAAAUGCCAAACAUCCUGCAUGGUGUUGGGCUGUAAGCACAACCCCCACCUGUGGACGUCGGGCCCUCAUACCACCCUCAUGGAGUCUGUUUCUGACCGUUUGAGCAGACACAUGCACAUUUGUGGCCUGCUGGAGGUCAUUUUGCAGGGCUCUGGCAGUGCUCCUCCUUGCACAAAGGCGGAGGUAGCGGUCCUGCUGCUGGGUUAUUGCCCUCCUACGGCCUCCUCCACGUCUCCUGAUGUACUGGCCUGUCUCCUGGUAGCGCCUCCAUGCUCUGGACACUAUGCUGACAGACACAGCAAACCUUCUUGCCACAGCUCGCAUUGAUGUGCCAUCCUGGAUGAGCUGCACUACCUGAGCCACUUGUGUGGGUUGUAGACUCCGGCUCAUGCUACCACUAGAGUGAAAGCACCGCCAGCAUUCAAAAGUGACCAAAACAUCAGCCAGGAAGCAUAGGAACUGAGAAGUGGUCUGUGGUCACCACCUGCAGAACCACUUCUUUAUUGGGGGUGUCUUGCUAAUUGCCUAUAAUUUCCACCUGUUGUCUAUGCCAUUUGCACAACAGCAUGUGACAUUUAUUGUCAAUCAGUGUUGCUUCCUAAGUGGACAGUUUAAUUUCACAGAAGUGUGAUUGACUUGGAGUUACAUUGUGUUGUUUAAGUGUUCCCUUUAUUUUUUUGAGCAGUGUAUAUCUGAAUUCAGAAUCAGCUUCCCCAAAAUAACAUGAACGUGUAUUUUGAUUGGUGAUUUUGUGCAUUUUUCAAAAUCCAAUCAGGUAGCCUGAUUUCAAAUGUGUCAUGCAAACAAGAUUAUUAGGGAAAUUAUUCCACUUGCACAGCAUGUAAACGUUUAAAUCGAACUAUUAUAUUAAUCCGACUAUUAUAUUAAUCGGACUAUUCACAAUAAACAGAUUAUUGUGUGCUUGCUUAGUGCCGGCCGUGUUCCUAUUGGUCAAUUACCGGGAUCGGCUCAACACCAGCCACACACGAUAAAGGCAAACAAAUUCUGACACUGACAGAACUUUGUCGGAGCCUACGACUGCACGUAGUGUUACUAAAUCGGCAGACCUAGACCCUGUCACACUGAAUGGGCCAAGACGUCCGACAAUCGUUUACGACCUAAGACUUUGCCCACGACGUGGACAUUUCUUCUGGGAUGGCAAAAUCAUACAUUCUGUAAAGGCCUUUAAAGGUGGGUAGUAAAAUAAUGAUUUCAUCAAGGGUUAUGACAUUGUCAUAAUUGACAUACUGUAAUUUAAUGCAAUACAUUUCAGAAGAGCUCAACUCUCACCAUACAGUGAGGGGGGAAAAGUAUUUGAUCCCCUGCUGAUUUUGUACGUUUGCCCACUGACAAAGAAAUGAUCAGUCUAUAAUUUUAAUGGUAGGUUUAUUUGAACAGUGAGAGACAGAAUAACAACAACAAAAAUCCAGAAAAACGCAUGUCAAAAAUGUUAUAAAUUGAUUUGCAUUUUAAUGAGGGAAAUAAGUAUUUGACCCCCCCCUCAAUCAGAAAGAUUUCUGGCUCCCAGGUGUCUUUUAUACAGGUAAUGAGCUGAGAUUAGGAGCACACUCUUAAAGGGAGUGCUCCUAAUCUCAGUUUGUUACCUGUAUAAAAGACACCUGUCCACAGAAGCAAUCAAUCAAUCAGAUUACAAACUCUCCACCAUGGCCAAGACCAAAGAGCUCUCAAAGGAUGUCAGGGACAAGAUUGUAGACCUACACAAGGCUGGAAUGGGCUACAAGACCAUCGCCAAGCAGCUUGGUGAGAAGGUGACAACAGUUGGUGCGAUUAUUUGCAAAUGGAAGAAACACAAAAGAACUGUCAAUCUCCCUCCAUGCAAGAUCUCACCUCGUGGAGUUGCAAUGAUCAUGAGAACGGUGAGGAAUCAGCCCAGAACUACACGGGAGGAUCUUGUCAAUGAUCUCAAGGCAGCUGGGACCAUAGUCACCAAGAAAACAAUUGGUAACACACUACGCCGUGAAGGACUGAAAUCCUGCAGCGCCCACAAGGUCCCCCUGCUCAAGAAAGCACAUAUACAGGCCCGCAUGAAGUUUGCCAAUGAACAUAUGAAUGAUUCAGAGGAGAACUGGGUGAAAGUGUUGUGGUCAAAUGAGACCAAAAUGGAGCUCUUUGCCAUCAACUCAACUCGCCGUGUUUGGAGGAGGAAUGCUGCCUAUGACCCCAAGAACACCAUCCCCACCGUCAAACAUGGAGGUGGAAACAUUAUGCUUUGGGGGUGUUUUUCUGCUAAGGGGACAGGACAACUUCACCGCAUCAAAGGGACGAUGGACGGGGCCAUGUACCGUCAAAUCUUGGGUGAGAACCUCCUUCCCUCAGCCAGGGCAUUGAAAAUGGGUCGUGGAUGGGUAUUCCAGCAUGACAAUGACCCAAAACACACGGCCAAGGCAACAAAGGAGUGGCUCAAGAAGAAGCACAUUAAGGUCCUGGAGUGGCCUUAAUCCAAUAGAAAAUCUGUGGAGGGAGCUGAAGGUUUGAGUUGCCAAACGUCAGCCUCGAAACCUUUAAUGACUUGGAGAAGAUCUGCAAAGAGGAGUGGAACAAAAUCCUUCCUGAGAUGUGUGCAAACCUGGUGGCCAACUACAAGAAACGUCUGACCUCUGUGAUUGCAAACAGGGGUUUUGCCACCAAGUACUAAGUCAUGUUUUGCAGAGGGGUCAAAAUCUUAUUUCCCUCAUUAAAAUGCAAAUCAAUUUAUAACAUUUUUGACAUGCGUUUUUCUGGAUUUUGUUGUCUCUCUCACUGUUCAAAUAAACCUACCAUUUAAAAUUAUAGACUGGUCAUGUCUUUGUCAGUGGGCAAACGUACAAAAUCAGCAGGGGAUCAAAUACUUUUUUCCCUCACUGUAUGUGAGUGCAUCCAUAGGAAAUAUGACAAUGUAACUCAUUGGUUAUAUUGUAGUCACUGCAUCAUCAGAACACCCUUGGAAGAGUGUUUUCUAAGGAACCAGCAGGCUUAUCUGUAUGGUAGGUAGUUAAGCUACAUUUCCCUUCUUUCUCUCUCCAGGCAUCUCUGCCUUGCCAGUCGCUACUGCCCUGGUCACCCUCACCGGCUCACCCGUCCUCUCUGCUGCCACCACCAAUGCCCUGAGCAUCCCCGUGCCCACCGCUGCUGGUGCCCCCCAGUGA